AUGUUGAAGUCAAUCAUCUUCGCUGUUGUGGGCAUCUGCCUGACCUUAGGGCAGCAACAUCGGGUCAACAUCCAGUAUAAUGAGCCACGACUGACUCUGAGUUUAAACAUAAAUGACCCAGAUGUGACACGGGUUAUUUUUCACUACGGUGUCAGGGUGGCCUCUCACGUGACACAAGGAAACCAAACAGCCAAUGGUUUUGAAGUGCAAACUGAUCUCCAAACACGGGCUGGAGAUAACAUCGUCGCCUACGCCGUUGUUCACUAUAGAAAUUUCGUAACGUUGACUACAUCUGCAUCAACACAUCAUGUCGGUGGAGGUGCUGUUCUGCCACCGAGCAGACGUGUCCGAGCGGUCACUUUUAGGGACGACUUCAAUAACUACAACCAGGCCAACUGGAACCCGGAAAUCUCCAUGUUUGGUGGGAUGAACUGGGAGUUCCAGGUCUACACUCCAGAAUCCAAGAACAUCUACGCCAGUGGCGGCAACCUGUUUCUACGCCCUACGCUGACCACAGACGAUCCGAGAUUUGACGAGAACUUCUUGCGGACAGGAGUCAUGGAUGUGGCCAGAAUCUGGGGUCGAUGCACUAACGACGGUAACUAUGGCUGCAACAGAGAUGGACACAACGGUCUGCUGCCCCCAGUCAUGUCCGGCAAAGUGUCCAGCGUCCCAACUGCCCUUUAUGGAUCCGUGGAAGUCCGUGCCAAGAUUCCCCAAGGAGACUGGUUGUGGCCUGCUAUCUGGAUGAUGCCGAGGGACAGCAAGUAUGGAGGCUGGCCUCGAUCUGGGGAGAUUGACAUCAUGGAGUCUAGAGGAAACGGCGGCGACAUCGGAGUUAACACCGUUAGCAGUACACUCCACUGGGGCCCUGCCUGGGAUCAGAACCGCUGGGAUUUGACGCACGGCGAAAGAACCAAUGGAAACUACCACAAUGACUUCCACACCUGGCGCCUGGACUGGAACCAGGACCACCUCAUUACAUACGUCGACAACAAUCGAAUCGUAGACGUAGAAGUUGGUGCUGGAUUCUGGCAGAAAGGUGGCUUCUCUGGCAGUAACCCUUGGGCUGGUGGCGGACAUUCAGCUCCCUUUGACCAACCUUUUUUCCUGAUGCUGAACGUUGCGGUCGGAGGCACUAACGGUUAUUUCCCUGACAACGGUAACUAUGGUGGGGCGAGGAAACCUUGGGCAAACAAUUCCCCACAUGCAGCCGAUGAUUUCUGGGGUGCCAGAAACGACUGGUUGCCCAGCUGGCGUGGCGACGAGACCGCUCUCAUUGUCGACUAUGUGCAAUUCAGUAAUUAG